CAACGACGGCGACGCGGCCGCACGGUUCGAGCUGCAUCUCUCUUUUAUCUCCUCUCCCGUCCUCAUGUGCAGCUCCAUACCAGCCAUCCCCAGAUCUCCUCCACCACUUGUGAUGAGGUUGUGUAGGCCCCUGCUAAAUAUUGAAGAGGUGUAUGUUCCAGCAAUCGGCAAUCCUUCUGCAUACAAGAUUCGCUUUAAAUACCUUUUUCUCCAGCUGGACUAUUGGAUUGUUUUUGCUCCCAAAACAGAUGUUGUUCCUUAUCUCAUGCAAUCUGUCCACACAAAAGAACGCGAUUUCAUUCGAGGGGCAUUUUUUAUAUUCCAAGGUGGAGUAGCCUUGAGUUCCCGCUGCCUUUCGGAAGAGUCAUGAGCCUCUUUCAAAAAGGUUAUAUCUAUGAACUGGAUGAGAAGGUAUACCCAUAUUUUGUUUUUUUUCGUUUUUUUUCUAAAGUCUUCUUCCUAUGAAUAGUUUUAGAGUCCGCAUUUUGUCUUAAGUUCAAUUAUUCAUAUAGGAGUGUCUAAAUUGCUUACUUUCUUUACCACACAUUCAGGUAAAGUUCAGAAUGUCGAAAAUUUCAAAGCCUCCAGUCAACUUAUGUAUGCUAAAUGUGCACAGGAACUUUAAAAGUUGGAUAACUGUAUCAUCAUCAUCAACAACAAUAUACAUGACACAAACUAACUUUAGGUGUUCCGAUAUUUCAGUAGAUCUCUCCAUUGAAUUGUAGUGCCCUUUAAUUUCCAAUUUAUGUUAUCUUCACUGGGAAGAUCAGAAUAUAUAACAUUUAUGUUUUGCAAACCUGCGAUUUAGUGCCCAUCAUGGUCAUAGGUUCCUCUGUAGUUUCUUCCAAGCAUAAUACUUGUGAUAAGACAUCAAAGGUUCAUAUAAUACUAUCCCAGUAUAGGUUGCAGUGGUUCAUUUCAGAUUAACUUACUUCCUCACUAUUCUUAUUUUCAGCGGUCCUUUUUUAGAUUUCUUUAUUCCUCACUGUUCCUCUUUUUCUGUGUUUCUGACAAGAUUAGUAUUACCACUUUUGUUUAUAAGCUAUUUAGUAGGUCAGUACCGUAUCUUAGAUAAAGGACAAGCACCUCAAACAGGUUACCAGAUCCUUGGAGUUUUCAUAAAUUCCGUUUAUAGCUUCAGGCCGAACCAGCCUCUGUUUCAAAGGGGCAUUUUAAGUUGAGACUGUUGAAGGAAAACAUGUCACUACAAUGACAUAAAAUGGGUCUUUUCUUCAGCUUCUCUUGUCCUCUCGUUGCUUGAAGCACAAUUUUCGGCAGUAUACUGAAAAUUUCAGCAAUACUGCUGUGAAAAUGCAAUCAUCUGGGUUGAGUGUACCAUAUGGGUGGAGCUGUAGCAGAAGCCCUUGGAGCUAUCUUCAAUGAAAUAUUCUGAAGAGAAACGGUGUUAUACUAAACUUGAUAUCCAUGAUGUGAGCCCUUGAAGGUAUCUUGUCCAAUGGCUCUCUAUAUUAAUUACUUGAAUACUAUUUACUAAU